UCUCCAAGAUUAAGUGUCUCAAGUGUCACUACACUAUUCUUGGCUAACCUAUGUUUGUUAUAACAUGUUAUAACAGUUUCAUUCUAGCUACACUUUUGGUUUUGAGAUUUCUAUUCACAAAAUUAUUUCUUUAUUCUUCUAAAUAUGUAUCCUAACUGUAUAUUCUACUAAAUAUGUAUCCUAACUGUAUAUAACAUUUUUUAGUUUUUCAGAUUUCCCUUUGCGGAAAUACCAAAAGUAAGCUAUCUCUCCACUGUUCACUGGACCUGACAGAGAAUCUGGUAUUGAAAUCACUGAAUCCAAAUCUAGUUGCAGCCAAAGUGAGCGAAAGUAUGAAAAAUGUUAUGAAUCAAGAAAGACCUUCAGUUAAGACCAAGGAAGUGAUUACAGUUAACACAAGUCUGGACCUAGACACAUUCUCAAAGCUCUUACCUUUCUUGCGAUGUUACUUUGUGAAUUCUCCGGUGAAUGAAGAAAACAAACUAAAUGUGGAGGACCAAGCCUCAAAAACUACUAGACUUAUCAAGACUACAAAUCCAAUGUAUUCAACUAAUGCUGAUGCCUCAAACACAACCAGACUUAAUGAGACCACUGACCCAACCUAUUCAACUAAUGCUGAUGGCUCAAUGGAAAAAAAAAUCCUAAUGGUCAUUUCAAUUUGCUCAACUUUCUUGAUUGCUGUUGCAUUGGUUUGUACUGGCAUUUUAAUUUACAUUUGGAAAAGAGUAUUCAAUGUCGGUUACGGCUCCCCAACAGCUGUUCAAUUUAGUAUUCAAAGCAAUGCUGUGGUCUGCACCUCCAAUGCUGCUGAAGAAAUAGAGAUUGCGAACAGUACAGAAGAAAACCAUGUUUAUGACUUAGUAAUAUAUACAGGAUAUCAGACCUUCCAGCCCAAGACUUCAGAGGACCUAACUGAAACGAUUAAUUCAAAUGCUACAAGUAUUUCUGACCUAAGUAUCCAGCCUGAAACUUCGGAGAGCCUAACUGAAAGCAUCCCAACCAGUAUUGCUGACCAAACUCCCAAGACUUCAGAGGGCCUAACUAUAACUAUUAAUGGAACCUCCACCCGUAUUGCUGACCAAACUGAAACUGAUCCAGUUUAUAUUAAUAUGGCUUGCCAAACUAUCCAGCCCAAAUCUUCAGAGUGCCUUAUUGAAAGCAUCUAUAAAAUACCUACAAACAAUGCUGUCCGAAUUUUCCAGCCCAAGACUUCAGAGUGUCAAACUGCAACUAUUAGUAGAACCUCUACCUGUGGUGGUGCUGACCAAACUCUUAAUGAUUCCAAAUGCCCAACUGAAACUGAUCCAGUUUAUAUUAAUAUGGCUUGCCAAACUACUGUCAAUGAAAGGAAUAAAUGAAAACAUUUGAGCAGCCUUAAACAUACUGAAAUUUUAUUCUACAAAAAUGUAACUUCCUUCAGAAUGAAAAAAAAACAAGUUUUGGGCAAUUAUAUGGAAAAAAAAACAAGUUUGGGACAAUUUUUAAAAAAUGUCUGAAUCAGGUCUUUUUGAAUGAUUGUUGUGUUUUUUUAAUUUUAAAAUAAUUUUUUUGUGUGUUUUAGAUCUAUAUGUUAUCACUGUAAAAUUGAGUUGUUUAAUUUCAUAUGCAUAAGUCUUGUUAAGUUGUUCAGUAUUUCAUAGAGAUAUUUCCUUUUGAUACCAUCAUAAGCGAUUUAAGUUGAUGUACUAGUACAUUGUUUUCUUGACAUUUUUUUAGUUUGUAUUUAUGUUAUGAGUGCUGCUUUCAAACUGUUAGUAUUACUUCUUCCAAAAUUCUUGAUAUUGGUUAGUCUAAUUGUGAAUUCAGGUGUUUUCCUCCAUUUUUUUUUAGCUCUGUUGUAAUUUUGGUCCUCUCCUGGUGCUUCUAAUUUUUUAUUUCUGAUGUUUAAAUUAGAGUUGGUGAGUUUAUAGUGUUGGUAGGUUUAUAGUGUUGGUGGCUGUUCAUAUUUUCCUUUGUCUCCAUCUUGUUUUAUUUAGGAACUCCUCAAAGUAUUCAGCCCAUUUGUCAAUGACCCUUCUGUUUUUUUUUGUGACGAGGACACCAUUAUUGUUCUCAUACAUGUGUUAUCUUGCUUGAAAUCCAUUCUUGUCAUCCCUUAUUUUCAUGCCCAUUCCUCUCGCAUCAAGGUUCUCAAUGAGUGCUCUUUGUUUUUUUUUUAUUGCCUCAUUUUUAUGCUUUCUGACAGAUUUUGUAACCCUUCGCCUUGCUUCUUUGUACUGCUUUCUGGUUUCUUUCUUUAGCAUUAUUUGUCUGUUCAAUAUGCCUGCAUUCUGUAUGUCAGAUUCUCCUUUUCUUUUGCUGAAAUCCAACCAUGUCAUCUGCUUUACUUUUAAUAGCACGUUGUUGUUUUUUUAUUGCUCAUUUGUUAUAAUUAGGAUUACCCACAGGCUACGUCUGUUGUUGUGCUUCAACAAUUUAUCUUUUGGUCUGUGAUAAAAUAAAAUAUCUAUAUCUGCUUUUUCUUUUUAAAACAUUUUACACACACAAAACAAAAUUUGUGUCCUAGCUUUGAUAGAAAAAAAAAGAUUGUUUUCAUAUAAUGUCUACAAAAACAAGUUAGGGGCCACAUACUGCCAUUGAAAUUUACUUUCAAAAGGAGUUUUUUUUUAAAUGGUGAUUAAAACAGAAAGAAGUAUAAAAUUGUCUUUUUGUUUUAGCAACUUGAAGAUAAAAUUGGGAAUGAAACAUCAUUUUGGGAAGUUUUAAUUGCUGUAGUUUCCAUUCGUGAACUGGAUUAGUUGUUCUAGAGCAGGGGUUCUCAACCUGUGGGUCGCAACCCCCUUGGGUGUCGCCUAAGACCAUCGAAAAUAUGGAUUGUUUUUGUCUAUUCUUCUUUUGCUGUGUGUGUGUGUGGGGGGGGGGGUUCGCGGCCGAGUGGGGGAUUCUAAAUAGGGGGCGCCAAGCUUAAAAGGUUGAGAACCACUGUUCUAGAGACAAGUUAAGUAAUAACAAGUUAAAUUUGUAUUUUUUUUAGUUCACCACAAUCGGGGUACCAUAACUAGUGAAUGGUGAGGGAAUCAGUAAGUGCCCUUAGAAUUAUAAUCUAGAUUGUAAUUGUCCUUUUCCAAUGCUGUUAGAUGUGUUAGGAAUUCUUAAGUUUCUGCAUCAAGUGGGUCUAUCAUGAAUUUUUGAGUAUCAUAUUGCUGUGCUACUUUGGUUAUUGUAUAUUUUACUUUUACUCUUUGUCUAAAUUUAGCUUUGGCUACUAGAUGGUCUGCAUCUGUUUCUCUGAAACUUCUUACAUGAAAUACAUCAAAUCUACAUCUUUUACUUAUGAUUAUCCAUUUAUGAUCUAUUUGAUUUCGUUUUUUCCAUCAGGUGAGAUCCAUGUUGCUUUGUACAUUUUCUUGUGCUGGAACUUAG